AUGGACAGGAUUGGCCAGGCUCGCAGCCAGCGCUCGGCUUGGUCAGAUGCGAUGCAACGCCCGGACAGCCGUGUUCCGGAUGCCGGUGUGCGGGGUCCCCAUGCAUCGCCCACGAGAAGCGGCGACGCAAUAGGCCCACCAAAGCCAACCACGCUGGCGACCAUUUUGCCAACGCCGGCGACCGGGGGCUCAUCCAGCGCGGUUGACGGCCCUGCGGCGUCUGGUGGGACCGACAGCUUCCAUCCCCAGCCACGAGACGAUGAAUGCCCGGGCCCUGAUGACCGCGACAGUGAAGUCGACCGGGUGGCUGCUGCACUGUCAUCGCUGCAGGAUGCGUCAUGGCAAGACGGCAGCGACCAUGGGGACAGCAACACGGCCGACUGUGGCAGCAACACCGUCCACAACGGAAACACAGCCAACACCAACGAUGACUCGGACUCGGACGGCACCUCGGCUGCACCGGCUGACGUCAGACGCCACCUGGUCGAGAUGCUCUCGCAGGAAGACAUUGCCGAUCGGGUGAUGCAGCGCGGCGUCCGCAUCGUCUACGUCGGCCAGGAGUACUCCAACAUCCACUACCUGAUCCGCCAGCGAGCCCGCCAUGCGCCGCCUUCGGUCCACCACUUUCCGUCUAACCAGAUCUCGCGCCGAUAUACGAGCCACCAGCUCGACCGCAUCCCUCGAAAGGCCUUUGCGCUUCCACCGGCCGCUGUCGUCGACGAGCUGUUGGCUGCCUACUUCCGCCAUGUCCAUCCCGGCUUUCCCGUCCUCGACGAGGCCGUCUUCAUGAGCCAGUACCGUCGCCGUGACCCGCGCAACCCCCCCAGCCUUCUCGUGCUCCAGGCUGUCCUCAUGGUCGGUGCUCAUGUCUGCUCGCACCGGCCAGACCGCGCUGCCCUCAAGACGAGCUUCUUUCGCCGCGCCAAGAUGCUCUUUGACGCCCGUUUCGAGUGGAAUCGCGAUGUCGUCGUCCAGGCCGCCCUGCUCAUGACCUGGCACUCCGAAGGCGUCGAGGACAUUGGUGCUAACUCUUACUACUGGGUCGGCGUGGCCGCUCGCACUGCUCUCGGUCUCGGCAUGCAUCGUGACGCUGGCGCCAGCACGCUCGUCGCCCCGGACCAGCGCCUCUGGCGUCGCCUCUGGUGGAUCCUCGUCCAGUUCGACGUCAUCGUAUCGCUAUCCUACGGCCGUCCACCGGCUGUCCGUCUGGAUGAGAGCGACGUGCCCGAGCUGAGGCCAGACGACUUUGAUUCGCCUGGACACGCGACCGGUGAUGACGACAACAACGUCCACAAUGGCCACAGCAACACCAAUACCAACACCCAACCUCCUCUCUCUCCCAUUCAUGCCGACUUUACGAUCCAUCAGACUCGCCUCUGCUGCAUCAUUGCCCACACCUUACGCGACCGCUUUGGCUUGCGCGUCCCGCCCGAACGCCGCAGAGCCGCCCUCGCUGACGCUGACCAGCGUCUUGCCCACUGGAUGGCCACCCUUCCGUCGUCCCUGCGCCAUCACCUGCUCGGCUGUUCCGGAAGUGUCCAUCCGGCCGCCUCUGCUCCGCCCUGGGUCGCCAUGCUGCACAUGACCUACAACAACUUUCUCAUCCUCCUGCACCGGCCGCCGCCUCCACAGCCCACAGCCACGAUUGCUUCCAGUGUGACGAGCCAGGACGACAUGGGCAUCUGCUCCUCGGCUGCCACGGCCUUGGUGCAUCUUCUCGAGGGCGUGGCCGCCCGCGACGAGCUGCGCUUCCUCAACGUCUUCGCCGUCGACGCCGUCUUCACCGCUUUGAUUCAGCUCAGCGCCGAGAUCCGCGUCACCAACCCGGUGCUAGCCGCUCACGCCAUGCGGCGCUUCGACUCCGCCAUGGAUAUUAUGCGCCGCCUCGCCGCCUUCUGGCUCAACGCCGAGAUUAUCCUGCGACUGUUCGAGGACAGCUCCGAGCGCCUACGCGCCCAGCUGGUCAUCGGCAAGAGCAGCGUCAGCACCGGCAGCAUAGACUCUGCCAUCUCGCCUGCGGUCGACCAGCCGCAUCAUACCCGGGAGCAGCAACAGCCACUUUCGCCAUCACAAGCUAUCGACCCGGCCACGGUCGCCAUGGCUUCACACGCACACGGCUUUGGUAUGCCCGGACCACAGCAUGUGGACGUUCUGCAGGCACUGAUGCUCAGCCCGGCCACUACGCUGCAGCAACACAUGGCCUCAGUUAACGAACAGCUCGACUGGACGAACCUCUACUGGGAGAACUCGGGCUUUACAUCCCUAAGUCCGUUUGCCGAGAUGCGCAUGUAUCCUCCGUCAUAA